AUGGCCAUCGCCUCGAAGCAAAUCAUCAGCCUCAUCGCAGGAGCUGUAACCGUUGUAGCUCAUGGACAUGUCAACAAUGUGGUCAUGAAUGGGGUUUACUUCCAGGGUUAUGACCCGGGCAGUUUUCCCUACGUUCCGAAUCCUCCCAUUGUGGCAGGUUGGGCAGCCUCCAAUCUGGACAAUGGCUUCAUUGCCCCCGACGCCUUCCAGACAUCGGACAUCAUCUGCCACAAGAACUCGACCAACGGCGAUGCUCACAUCCCAACCGUGGACAAGACGACGCUCAAGUUCUUCAAAGUCGACGGUGUUGGCUACAUCAGCGGGUCCGGAAUUGGCACGUGGGCCUCCGACGUCCUCAUUCAGAACAACUCGACCUGGCUCGUCAAGAUCCCCGCCAACCUCGCCAGCGGGAACUACGUCCUGAGGCACGAGAUCAUUGCCCUGCACUCUGCAGGCAACGUGAACGGUGCGCAGAGCUACCCGCAGUGCUUCAACCUCGCCGUCACCGGCACGGGGAGUGCGCAGCCGAGCGGCGUCUUGGGUACUGCGCUGUACAAGUCGAACGACCCUGGGAUCCUGUGCGACCUCUACGGGACCACUCAAAGCUACGUUGUACCUGGGCCGACGCAAUAUACGGGGUUCCCGAGCUCGGUUGUCCAGACCAGCUCCGUCGCGACGGCAACAAGCACAGCUAUCCCGGGGUAA